GUACAUAGUGUAUAGGUGCCAAUAGUAGAACAAAGUCAUGCAAAAUGAAACUUACGUAUUGGGAAAUUUCGGUUGCCUCACAAAACUAACAACUACUGGAAUGGAUUCCGCAAGAGUAGUUUUCUAUAAAUUGGAUGAUUCAGUGUAGAUUACACUGUUGGUCGGUUUUCCGAAGGAUUGCGUUCUGAAAUGACUAAUCCCAAACUGCGGCGAAAACGUGAUCAGUGACGAAAUACCAACCCAUCCCGCAGAAAAGAAAUAUAUAUAACGAAAGGGACAAAAUACCAACGCUGUUGUAGAUGGUUUGUGGACACACCUCUUUGGUAGAAUAUAUUUUGUUCUAAAUUCUAACCGCUGUUGGAUUUUAAAGAUUAAAAAAAAAUCACAGUCUAAAACCACAGAACAUGUGAUGGAUUCCACCCUGUACAAGAUUUUUGGGACAACCAAAAAGGGUGGAUCUGGGGCUUAUUAGGAAGGGUGUCUCGGGACACCUCUAGAAUUUGGAACAAAAAAUAACGAAUUCCGGCACUAAUAUGAGUUUGGGGCAAGGGUGGAUCCAUGGUCCUUUGGGGUGUUUUAGGACAACCCUAAACUUAGAGAUCUUCAAGUUGUAGUUAGAAUUUGGAGGGGAAAAAAAGUGAUAGUCUUUGUGAUUCAAAUCCAUAUUACUAUAAUUAUUAGAAAAAAUAUUAUCCAUUACACACUACAAAUAGUUAUUCUCAUGUUAAAACAUAAAUGUAAUUAUAAUUCAAACCCAUAACGCUAUAAUUAUUAGAGAAAUUUCUAUCUACAACACUAUAAUCUAUCAUAUUCAACGCGUCUUUUUUGCUUCUUAAACUUAUAUUGAUUUUAGUGUUGUUGCAGCUGCAAGUGUUGAAAGAAUAUUUUCAAGCUUUGAGCUACAUCAAGAACAAGUUUCGAAAGUGAAUAGAUGAUUGGUUUCUAAUCUAUUGGUUUCUUAAUGAUUUAUUGUAAGAUAUUGAAAGAGAUUUGUUGAGCAUUAAAGACACUGAGUAUGUUAGAACAAGUUUCGAAAUUGAAUACACGGUUAGUUUCUUAAUGAUUUCUAGUGAGAUAUAUUGAAAGAUAUUUGUUGCGCAUUGAAGAUACUAAGCGUAUUUUACAAAAUUUUCGGAAAUAUAAAAAUACGUUGUGGUGUUUUUGUUGUAAUUUGUACUAAUUGGAUAUUUUGAAUCAAAUUUUGUAAUAUAUUAAUUUAAUUUUAGAAUUGAAAAGCCCUAAAUAAAAUUUAUGGGUCCUCCUCUGCUACGAAGUAACGUAUUCAAUUAAUUUGAAUGUUAAUUUAUUGUCUAUUACUCAAUGUUACUUCGUUGUGAGCUUGAAUGUAAACAAUUUGAUCAACAUCAUUUAUGAAAGUGAAUAAUGCUACAUCUAGCACAAUGGUAAGUAAGAAAUAUUUAGGGGGCUACAAUUGGUUUUUUCUCCUUUUACAGAGUAAUUAGUUGUAAUUGGUUCGUAGUCUUAUCAUGCCAAUCUCCUAAGAAAUGCAUGUGCUUAAUCAAAAGACUCACCUAAUAUUCAUGCACAAAUAUGGUUAAAUUCCAAAGCUCGUGCACAAGCUUUAAUUAAAAUUCAAAUACGAAGAAGUUAGGUACCAGCUUUCGUAUAUAAUUAAUGCACAGAAGCAAGUUCAAACAUUAAUACAGAAAAACAUAAUCGACCAAAUGUAGAUUAAAUAUCACAUGACUAAAAUUAAUUUACAUGAUUAAGUGAAAAGAGGUGGAUUCAAUAAUCAUUACAAAAUGAUCAUAAACGAUUAAAUAUCAACACAGAAUGCUCACUAACUGAUGUUUAACUGAUAAAUUUCAGAAAUUUUAGAAAUCAAAUAAUUGUGUAUUAGUGGGUUCAUCAUAAUAAGUUCGUUUUAUGAUUAAAGAAUAUGAAAGGGAUCUAGUAUAGAUGAUCAAAUGGUAACCAAUUCACAUUCACAUUUUAGUCAUUCUGUGGAAGAAAGGAAUAUGUUAGCUAUUCAUUACUUUUGGCGAACGCGUCGAGAAUCUACUUUCACAAAGGGAUUUGCUUUACAUAUUUGUUGUGCCCGGUUAAUAUUAGACGGCACUAGAUGAAGCAGAGAAUUAUAUUAUACCUAUAAGUCAAAUUGCCGGUCAACUUAUGGGUUGAUGCGGAUUGACGUGAGAAAAUGGACGUCACAUACUCGUGGGUUGAAACGUAACAUAGAUUUUUGGUUUGCGAAUUGCGCAUUUGUUUUAGUUUUUUCUUUCGCCUAUUCAUAUAUGUGAAAUUCUAAGUUCAACAUUUGAAUAUAAAUGUUAUAUGAAUGUUUUUGAAUUUUCACUAUAUGUUGGAUUCAAGUACGAUUGCAUGUAAUUUUCCCCCCCAAUAUAUCCACGCUAAACAAGACUAAAACGAUCGGACCAUUAAUACUCAACUCACUUACUCAACCGGGCCAACGAAUUAAACCUGAUUGACAACCUAAAAUAUAUAUAUAUUUUAGGUUGUCAAGUAUGAUUGCAUGUAAUUUUUUUCCCCAAUAUAUCCACGCUAAACAAGACUAAAACGAUCGGACCAUUAAUACUCAACUCACUUGCUCAACCGGGCCAACGAAUUAAACCUGAUUGAAAACCUAAAAUAUAUAUAUGUGGAGAGUUCUACGAUACCCAUAGUGAAAUACGGUUGCAUGUAAUUUUGUAACCGUCUUUCUCAAACUUUCCCUUCACAUCAUUUCUUCCUUUUCCCAUUUCCAUCUAUAUAUACCACCUCAGCUGGGGCGUGUGCUCUCCACACUCUCUUCCUCCCAUUCUUUCUUUGCGUUACACCACCAUCUUCCUUUUUCCUUUCACCUCUCCCUGCUUAUCCUUCCCGCCAUGGCCCUUCCGACCAGCACCUCCACCAUCGUCCAAGACCCCGCUCCGGCCCAAGCCCACAAUCCAAGCCCACCAAAGCCCGCCGCCGACGACCUCGAAGCAGCUCACGCCGCAGAAGAAGAAGAAGUCGUAGUCGUCGUCCCCUUCGACUACUCCAAGCGGGCCCAGUGGCUCCGGGCCGCGGUUCUCGGGGCCAACGACGGCCUCCUCUCCACGUCAUCCCUCAUGACGGGGAUCGGGGCCGUCCACAGGGACUCCCGGACCAUGCUCGUCGCCGGCCUGGCCGGCCUGGUCGCCGGCGCGUGCAGCAUGGCCACGGGCGAGUUCGUCUCGGUCUGCUCCCAGCGCGACAUCCAGCUGGCGCAGCUCGACAGGGAGCUCCGGUCCUCGGUCCUGUCACGGGCCGGGUACGAGGAGAGGAGGAGGAGGGAGGUUCCGAGCCCGGCCCAGGCCGCCCUGGCGUCGGCCCUGGCGUUCGCCGUGGGGGCCCUGGUGCCGCUGCUGGCGGCGGCGUUUGUGGAGCCGUACGGGUUGAGGAUCGGGCUGGUGGUCGGGUCGGCCAGCUUGGCGCUGUUCGGGUUCGGGUGGCUGGGCGCGGUUCUGGGCGGUGCGGCCGUGGUCAGGUCGUCGGUCAGGGUUUUGGUUGGUGGGUGGUUCGCUAUGGCGGUUACUUACGGGGUUAUCAAGGGUGUUGGCACCACUGCUGGGAUUUAGUGAAUUAAAGCUGUUAAUGGUCAUCAUGUGACGUGUAACUACAAAAGUAACAUUUGUGUACACGUUAUGUCGAAUUACUGUAUGAGAACAAAUGUUAUAGUUCAGCUGGUUGGUUAAUUUAGCUCCUGCGUGUUGAAGCAGCUGGGUUUUUGUUUUCUUUUGUAAAGCAAGCUGUGUGUGCGAUGUGCUUUCAUUUCUUACGUAAUACCCUCUACUUUUUGGAUUGUGGAAGCUGGGUCUUCGGGUGCAUGGUAUGAUCUUCAUGGUGACUCUCAAUUCCCCCCCCCCCCCCCCCCCCCCCCCUUCUUCAAAGAUAAAAACUAUAGUUAUGGUUUGAUGAUAAUCAAGGGUAUUUGUUAAAAUAUGUUAGAGAGUGGUAUAAGAUCCAGCAGAACUUUCUCCCAACAACUCGAGUUAUUGGGAACAACUGGUUCUUGACAUGGUAUCAGAGCUGGUUUGGCCAAGUGAUCGUGUGUUCGAAUCUCCACGACCCCCAAUAUUAACAGUUGAUUAAAGCACAAGGUAUGGUGAGCCUGUGCAAACUUCAAGCCCAUGAGUUGGCUUUCGUUUGAGGGAGCGUGUUAGAGAGUGGUAUAAGAUCCAGCAGAACCUUCUCCCAACAACUCGAGUUAUUGGGAGCAACUGGUUCUUGACAAAAUAUGGGUAGCAUUAUGUAUUUGAACCGUUGUCAUGUAAUUAGGGUUUACAAUCUUGAUAGAAACCUGUUUCUAGGGUUCUGACGAUUGGAUUGAAGAGAUUGAGAAUUGAUAGGGAUUUAGAUAGAAUUGAGGAUUAGAAUAGGGAUUUGGGGAAGAACGUGAGAGGAAGAGGAAGAAAGAAUGACCGGCGGCCGAUUAGGAAGAGAGGAGGGGUUCAGGGAUUUGGGGAGAUAAUCUUUCUUAUUAUUUUCUGCUUAAUCGAACAAAAGACUUCACGUACAAUUUUAUAGCGAAAGACGGGAAAAACCUAAUAGACUAUCCUAAUAUGACUCAAAGACUACUAACCAUAUCUAAAUAUUAUUUUAAUAAUAACUGUAAUAAUGAUAAUACCAUAAUAGAAACCGUAGGUUUCUAUCAAAUCUCUCGCCGAUAUAUAUUCGAUCUUCUCUUCUAACCAUGUAUGCCAUCAACCCAAACAAGAUUGAAUCGGAGAACUCUACCUCUUUAUUGAUUAUAAGGUGGUACACAAAGAUAUCUCCAACACUUGAUAAAAUUAUCUUCACCUACUUUCGUUAUUAGAUCUAUAAACUUUCAUCAAGUACUAAGAGAAGCUUACUCACUUGAUUAGUUGAUGGUAACAGAUUGUCCUUAAAUGUCCAAUUACAGAAGUUAAGGAAGCGAGUUAAUUGGAUGUAAUUGUAGGCAAGAGUGAAGAGUGAGGAUUAAACGAUAGUGUUUUAAUCCAUGCUGAGAAGCUAGUUGGAUUAUAGAAAGAAGCAAACACAAGUUACACAACCAUCAACACCACCUUAUCCUCUGUCGAUAAUCAUCGGCGAGAUAGUGUCUUUUUCUUUUAGGGAAAAUGAGUAAGAGCAUGCAUCAGUAAUUGAUUAGUUGCAGGCGGAGAGAAGUUGCUUGGAUUAUCACUUAGGGCCUGUUCACUUCUAUUUUCGUUUUCUGUUUUCAUGUGAUAAAUUUGACAACCGAAAUGAGAAAACUUGUUUAUUUUUCAUUCUGUUUUCUAUUCGUUUCCAACUAUGAAAACAGAAAGUGGCAACUUCCUGCUGUUUUCAGAAACAACAAAAUGUUGUUUUCACCUGUUUUCAACAUCUGUUUUCUAAAAAACAGGAAACAGAAAUAGAAAACAGGAAACAGAAAUGAAAGUAAACAGGCGCUAAAAUAAGUAGGAAAACGGAAUUCUCUGUCCAAUAAACUUUGAUGCAUAAUAAUAGUGACACAACCCCACAAACACUUAACAUAAUUGAUUCACUAAUGUAACGUUUGCAGGGACAGCGAAAUCCCCAUUCCUGUUGAAUCAAUCAAGACUCAAAUCUAUG